AUGGGCGCCAAUCACCGCUACGAUCUCGUCAAAGACCACGACGAUGGCAAGGACGAACCCCAACCACUCCCGCCACCACCCGCCUCGGUCUCAUGGUGGAAGAUUUUGGUCGGAAUCCUCGCUCUUUUAGCCAGUGCUGGUGUGGGCGCGACACUCGCCAUUGUUCUUCGUCCCUUUCCCCAGGAAUCUAGUGGCAAUACAGCUGUCGCCGAUAUGGGCGCAUCGAGCAGCACCUCCGCCGCAGACGUCCCACUUCCCACAAGACCCGUCGAUUCGGUGGAAGCGAAAGUCGAAGAAGAUCCCGACAGCUUGACCGGCCAGAUUCUCGACUGCGGAUACAACCCAGAGGAAGCACGCGCCAAGGGCUGCGUGUACGACGUGAUGAUGCAGGAUUGGGUCCCGGAGCCAUGCUACGACCCUAUCCUGACGGAAAGAUACCUCGCCCAGGGAAAUUGGACGUGGUAUGCUGACGCCGAGGGCAAAGUGAUAUUGACGGAUGAGGAGAUGCGCAAAGGCGAACACGGUUCUGCAUGGAUGUCGUCGAGUUAUCAUCAAGCGCACUGCAUCUUCUCGUGGGACAAGACUGUCCGUGCCCUGCGCAACAACAGACCAAUCAGCCAGGAAUUGCUGUCGUACGACCACGUCCUGCACUGCAGCCACCAGACUCUGAAUGGCGCCGAGGUGGACGAGAGCAUCGGCGUGCGCGCCCCCACGAAUUACGCCAAAUGUGCGCUGUACGACACGUGGAAGUACAACUGGAUCCCAGACAGGCACUCUUCCACCACCGAUUAA